AUGGGCGGAUGCUUGUCUGUCGAGGAGCCCCAGCUCCCUCCCAACAAGAACCCAGUUAAAAUUUGCAAACCUGCAUCUGAUGUCAAAGGUGCGGCAAGCAUGCUGGCCCCUCCCAAGGAUGUUGAAGACUUGCGGUUGAUAGGUGGAUAUGAAAAUGUCAACGUAUUUUCGUAUAAUGAAUUGAGAGCAGCCACCAAGAAUUUUCGACCAGAUCAAAUUCUUGGAGAGGGUGGGUUUGGAAUUGUGUAUAAAGGUGUUAUUGAUGAAAAUGUCAGGCCAGGUUUCAAAUCCACUUAUGUUGCUGUUAAAGAGCUCAAUCCAGAAGGCUUCCAGGGAGACAAGGAAUGGCUGGCAGAAGUCAACUAUCUUGGGCAGCUUAGUCAUCCAAAUCUUGUCAAACUUAUCGGUUAUUGCUGCGAAAAUGAACACAGACUGCUGGUUUAUGAGUACAUGGCGUGUGGCAGCCUUGAAAGGCACCUUUUCCGAAGGAUUGCACUUACAAUGCCUUGGUCUACUCGUGUGAAGAUUGCACUUGACGUUGCAAGGGGGCUUGCAUUUCUUCAUGGACUUGAAAGACCCAUCAUCUAUCGUGACUUCAAGACAUCAAAUAUCUUACUAGAUGCGGAUUAUAAUGCUAAACUUUCAGAUUUUGGCCUUGCCAAGGAGGGACCUAUGGGAGACCAAACACAUGUCUCUACUAGGGUCAUGGGUACCUAUGGUUAUGCAGCCCCUGAGUAUGUAAUGACCGGCCAUUUAACAGCCAGGAGUGAUGUUUAUGGUUUCGGAGUUGUGCUUCUGGAGAUGCUUAUAGGAAGAAAGGCAAUGGACAAGAGCAGACCUAGCCGAGAACACAACCUAGUUGAGUGGGCUCGUCCUCUUUUGAUCCAUAACAGGAAGUUGCUAAAGAUCAUAGAUCCAAGAAUGGAAGGGCAAUACUCUACCAAAGUGGCAGCAGAGGUUGCUGGUUUAGCAUAUCGGUGCCUCAGCCAGAACCCCAAAGGGAGGCCCAUCAUGAGCCAGGUAGUCGAAACCCUCGAAGGCAUUCAAGACCUACCUGAGAGCAUGGAAGACAUGCUGCUCCAAAGCUGUGGCAGUGCUGUGACCCUCUAUGAGGUUCCUAAAGAAACAGUAGAUAACAGCACUGAUAAGAAACACUCCAGCAAAAAUGCAGGUGAAAACGAACACGAGGUACAUAGCAGAAGAACAAAGCCUAAUAGUGGCAGGAGCAAAAGUGAACCCCCUAUGGAAUAUAGGCUGGAUAGUCCCUCGCCAGAUCAUGAUGGCCCACCGCCAAAAUGUUCUUGUGAUGGAGGUGCAAAGCCAUCUUUUGGUGAGAUUGAUAUGUAAAUUAUGUGAUGAUUAUUGAACUCCUCCAGUACAGUUAUUUUUGUACUAGAUGUCUGACCAUUUCAAUUUAUUCUCAUCCCUUGAAAUUUUGUUAGAUAUCGCGAUAGCUUUUUUGUAAUCAUAUUCAUCAUAUUUAUUACAAGCA